AGAACCCCAAAGAUUCUUCUUUUUAUGGGUUUUGCGUAUUCUUUGUUACUCUGUUAUGUUCAGCUGCAAAUCUUUAUGUAAUCUAUGUGAUAUUUUGUAGCUUUCGUUACUUACAGUAACUUCAGAAAUAUAGGAGACAGGGGAGAAAUAGUUUCAAAGAAUCUGUCUCAAGAUCCCCUAUUUUACAAAGACAUGGAAUGCAACAAGGACGAAGCCAUAAGGGCAAUGGAUAUUGCCAAGAGGAAAGUUACAGAAAAUGAUUACAACGCGGCGAAAGUGUUUGCUAUCAAGGCUCAGAAUCUAUAUCCACAGCUUGAUGGUUUGAAACAAAUGUUGAUGUUGAUAGAUGUUUAUAUCUCGGCAGGAAACAAAAUCAGCGGAGGAGAACCUGAUUGGUAUGGGAUUCUUGGUGUAGAUCCAUUGGCUGAUGAUGUAGCAGUAAAGAAACAAUACAGGAAGCUAGCGCUUCUGCUUCAUCCUGAUAAGAACAAGUGUCAAGGCGCAGAAGGUGCGUUUAAGCUGGUUUUAGAAGCCUGGUCUCUGCUCUCUGAUAAGGUUAAGAGAAUUGCUUUUGAUCUAAAGAGGACUUCGAAAGAAGCAAAACCCAAAAAGAGUCGGAAGCAGAAACAACCAGCUAAGCAGAAACCACCAGCUAAGCAGCAGAAACCACCACCAAACCAGCAGAAACCACCACCUGACCAGCAGAAAGAACCACCAAACCAGAAGCAACAACCUCCAGACCAGCAGAAAGAACCAGCAAACCAGCCGAAACAGCCACCAGAUCAGCAGAAACAACCACCAAACCAGCCAAGUUCUAAUGGAUCUCGAAAUGGUAGAGCAAGAAGCAAUAAGCCCACUUCGAAAGUUAGUACCUUUUGGACAACGUGCAACAAAUGCGGGACACAAGACGAGUAUGUGAGGGUUUUUUUUCUCAACAAAACCGUGCUUUGUCGAAGUUGCCGUGGGUCUUUUAAGGCAACUGAGAAUGAGAAAACGUCAACUGAGAGUGAGAAAACGCCGCAAUCAACAAACGAGAACACACAUGGUGCAUCUUGUGGGAGAGAUUCUUUAUCAAGAAUGGCCAGUUCAAACAGCGGAAAUGUGGCAAAUCAACCAAAAGAAGAAAGAGUGGUUGAGGAGUCAGAAGGAAAGGAUGAAGAAGCUGCUAGAGGAAUUGCAAACUCUCAUUUCAAAGUAGAAGAGAGGCCUCUUAAGAAGCUGAGGACAGAUGAUUGUGCAGAGGCAAGUAGUGGAAUCAAGGUGUGAAAUUAGAAGUAGUUUGACAUAUUGAAGUUGAACAAUCAGUGCUUUUAAGGAGUCCUAAAUGAUAUCUUUUAUGAUCAUUAGAUAUAUGAAUAUUUUGUUUCUAGACUAGGAACAAAGUACAGUGAA